AUGGCUUCGGUGCAUGGCUCCACUACUCACCUUCCAACAGGUCCGUUGGCUACUGCGGCGCCAAUAACUGCAGACGAGGUCCAGGAAUAUGAGCGCAUUGUGAAAAUCAGCGAUGCAGUCUUUGCAGGAUCCCAUCCGCGCCUCACAGUUCCCCAGCAAAUUGUGCGCAAGCCGACGGCGCGCAGUGUCCAAAAUGGCGCCUCGUCCUACCAGGCGGUGAGGAAUGAGGCCUCAAAUGCCAUGACUGAAGAUAAGCCUCUAAAUUCGGAGGCAAUCACGAACAUCCUCCCCAGUGAAGUCUCGGUCGUCGAAAACGUGCGCGUCCCGGCCAUCCCCAUGGCUCCCAAAACAACCUCGGAAAUUGAUCCUAUCUUCUUGACCAAGUCAGAUGAUUUGGUCAAAGCUGAACUACAACUGCAAAGGCAGAGGGUGGAAAGGGUUUUGCGUGAUGAGACAGAGCAGGGGAAGCGCGGGUCUAAAUGGAAGCUAGCGCCCUCUGACAUGAAACCUGAGUUCAGUGUCUCAAAAGUGUUCGAUCAAGCUCUCCAAAUUGCGAGGCCGGUCCCACUGGGUGACACGUCUGACGCAACCGGGCCGAGUGACUCCUUCGAUGAGAAAUCCCUCUACUCCAGUAGAGCUCCUGACUCCACCCCGCCUUUGGAAGAGCAACAGAACCGUUCUCCGGUGGCUUCGGCACAACCGACGGGCUCAGUGCCUGGAGGGCGUUAUGCAGAUGAGUUGCAGCGACUUGAAGCUCUAAAUCGAACUGGCUCCGACCAGGAAAUGCAAGAUGCUUACCCUCAGGCUGUUGCUGACCAGCGGGCCCAUUAUUCUCAAAGGCAGCCUCUCGCCGGUCCAGUCGAAAAUGCCCGUUGGCUUCCAGAGUCACAGCAAUCAGAUACUUUGGAGGAACCCGAGUAUUCUCCUCCAGCCCCCAUUGCCCCGCCUAUCGACCACAGAGCCUUUGAAGGAGGACUGGCAGGCGAUGCACCAAGAAUGAGAUACGCCAACCAGUCUCGAAAUGCCCCGGAGCCAUCUUCUCCUGCCCGUAACGUCAAGGUGGUCCACAACCAUAUUACAUCGCCCGCAGCUCCCAGACCCUCUCAAGUCUCCCCACUGGCUACUGCCAAAGCAGCUUCCGUUCAGCACCUCCGAGACGAUGUACACCAUGGCUCUGAUCGAAUCUGCUCUGAUCCAGACACUGGACAGAACAGCCCCACUGGCCCAGCUCCGCCGAUCAAGUCUCGGAAGCGGAGACGCUUGCUUGGAUUAGAGGAACUCCCCCCAGCGCCCCCUAGGGUUAAACAAGAGCCGGUAUCACCUCCUCCGUUCGCUGAUGAUCCUGUCGUUCCCCGCAAUCGAUCGAAUCGAGAACAACCAAUCUACAUCGACAUUUCGCCACAAUACACACCGGUGCUCGAACGGCAAACUCUCCCUGCCACACAGCCAGUGUUCGAUACUGGUCCAUAUCGCGAAGUACCUGCCGAUUAUGGGCCACCGCGGACACUUUCCAGAAUGAGCACUAGUCGAUCUGUUCGCGACGAUGGAGAUCUGCGACGAGUUGCUAGUAUGCAGUACGCUAGGCAGGCCGUACCUCCCCGAGAGUACCUUUCGGUCGCCCCUCACGAUGGCCGGGCUGCUUCAUACACAAUCACGGGCAGGUCGCAAGGGCGUCCGGCGUACUAUGAAGAGGUCCCUUAUUCAUAUGGGCCCAGAUAUCUUGCCGUGGAUAACAUGUCUCAAUCAUCGCUUGGGGAUCCAUAUUAUGAAGAGCCUCCACGAGUCAUGGCUGCUCCUCGGCGGCGUAUCGUGGAUGAACAUGGCACUGAGUAUGAAGAAGUGAUUCCUGUGCAGCGGUUACAGUCCAUGGCCCCUCCUCCCCGGCCCGUGUCUCGGAUGCCCAAUGCGGAAACGUUUAACGGCCAAGUUCCUGUCCGCACUGCCAGCGUUCGUGAUCAGUCUGUCGCUCAAGACCCUUACGUGGGUCGAAGGUACAUGUCAGAGAUGCCGCCGCCGCCGCAAUACUACAGGCGUGUCCCUGCGGAAUAUCCUCACCCUAUCACCGCUGAAAGGCGAUCCUACGCUGCACCGAUGGAAGGCCAUGAGCCUUAUUCACGCAGUGGAAGCGUUCAAGUCGCCGAAUACGUUCCUCGUCACCCAACCUACGUAGAUGACCAUACAAUUCCUACUGAGAGGGCGAUGAGAACCACAAGUGUCCGUCCCCAGCCAACUCGGUACGAAGAGCCACAUGACAUGGCCCAGCGGGUUGCAAGUGUCCGACCCAGCCCGAGCCGUGAAGUCAGUGUGAUCAUGAACGAUCAACACAUGGGAGGCUACGUUGAGCGGCCGUAUUACGUCCGCGAGAGACGAUUUUAUGACCACGAGGAUGGCGAUCGCAUGGAGUUAGAUGCAGCAGCGGAUCAUGUUCCACGCGUUUCUCGGCACUACUGA